AUGGCGAAGCACCCCAUGCUCAUCCCCGUCGACCCGCUCAAGCCGGCCUCGAGCCAGCGCGGCCUCAUGAACCGCUGGCACCCGGACAUCCCUGCUUUCUGUACCGUCAAACCGGGAGAAGUCUUCAAGCUGGGCUGUCACGAGUGGACUGGUGGACAGAUCAAGAACUCGGACGACGCCGACGACGUCGCCAGCGUCGACCUGACCCAGAUCCACUACUUGACGGGUCCUGUGGCUGUCGAGGGUGCCGAGCCGGGAGAUGCGCUCGUGGUGGACCUCCUGGACAUCACCUACUACGAGGAGAUGCCUUGGGGCUACACCGGCGUCUUCGAGGAAGCCGACGGCGGUCUCUUUGCGACCCAGUUCAAGUCUCGCGCCGCCAAAGCGAUCUGGGACUUCGAAGGCCGCUUCUGUUCUUCCCGCCACAUCCCCGGUGUACGCUUUGCCGGCACGACCCACCCGGGCAUCAUCGGUACCGCCCCGUCGCAAGCGCUGCUGGACAAGUGGAACAAGCGCGAGCAGGAGCUCAUUGAUCAGCACCCGGGCGCGUCGCCGGCUGUUGCGCUCCCGCCUGAGCCGAAGGGCGUGUAUGUUGGGCAGGACUUGCCGAAGGAGAAACUCGAGAAGAUUGCGAAGGAGGGAGCGAGGACGAUUCCGGGUCGCGAACACGGCGGUAACUGCGACAUCAAGAACCUCUCCAUCGGCUCACGAGUCUACCUUCCCGUCUACAUCCCCGGCGCCAACCUCGCCAUCGGCGACCUACACUUCUCGCAGGGCGACGGCGAGCUCUCCUUCUGCGGCGCAAUCGAGAUGGCCGGCGUCGUGACAAUGAAGACGUCGCUCAUCAAGGGCGGAGUCGAGAAACUCGCUUUGACGCAACCGAUCUUUCAGCCGUCGCCUAUCGACCCGAUGUAUGCGCAAGAGGUCGUCUUUGAGGGCAUCGGCGUGGACAUCCACGGUGACGGGUCGCAGAAGUCGAUGUGCGCGACGACGGCUUUCAAGCAGGCGGCGCUCAACACCAUGGCCUACCUUAAGAAGCUCGGCUACACCAUCGAGCAGGCGCAUCUUCUCCUCUCUGCAGCUCCCUGCCAAUCCCACGUCGGCGCCAUCGUCGACGUCCCGAACGCCUGCGUGACCAUGUCACUCCCGACGCAAAUCUUCGACCGCGACAUCACACCGAACGGCAUGGGCCCGGACGGCUUCGAGAAGCGCGACUACGGGCAGUGCGCGAUCCGCUCGGACGGACAGCGCAGCGUAGACAUCUUUGACAAGAAGUGA